AGAUGGAAAAACAAUUGAGAUACAAAGGCAAAUUUAUUAAACAAAGCGUUCUUACCAAGAAGACGAGUUUUCUUGCCCAAAUGACUCGGGGAAAACAACUUUGCGAUGAAUUAAAUAAUGUCAAAGACGUAGACGUAAAUAAAGUGACAGAAAUUUGUCCUGGUCGACGAAUUGUUGAAUUGGACGUCAUAGCAAAAAAUUUAAAGUGUAUAAAGUGCAAGGAAGCAAUUUUCCUGAAUGAUAUUCAAAGUGAAAAGUGUUUUGGACUAAACUCAGUUCUAACCAUCCGCUGUCAAAAAUGUUUGACAGAAACAUCAGUUCCAACUGGAAAAUUCCACAAAACCCUGGAAUCACACUCUCACUCUGACGUGAAUACAAAAGCAGUUUUAGGAGCUGUACAUUCAGGAAUCGGAAACACGGCGCUAAAUAAGGUGCUAGCGUGUUUAAAUAUUCCUUCAAUAUCAACAAACUUGUAUAAAAGAUAUGAAAGGGAAGUUGGGCCUGCACUGGAAAAAAUUGCAAAAGACAGUUGUAAACAAGCCGCUACGGAAGAACGCCAAUUGGUAAUAAACAAUGUCGACCAGCUGUGUGAGGAUCUGUAAGGUUUUUUUUAGUUCUUAAGUUUAUUAUUUAAUUUAAAACAAAAUAUAAUUUACUAGUAUAUUAUAAACAUAUAAUACACUUAUAAAAUAUUAAAUAGAAUUGAAUGCUUUUAUAAUUCUUCAUUUGAUCUACAAUAUGUAUAUUUAUAUAUUACGAAUUAAUUUAUGUUAUCAUUUCUACAAUAUUGAAUUGUAUAAAAUCAAAAUUUUUUAAGUAUACACAUAUUUAUACAUAUAAUAUACGCAUA